CGGUACUCUCUUCACAACUCGACCUCGACCAAACUCGAACAGCGCAGCCUGCGAGUUCUCUCGAUACCUCGCGCCCAGCACAUCGAUUUUGUGUAGACUCCACAAGAUCGCAAUUAUGGCCCAAGCUACCAUGUUGGCUCGCAGCCUGGCCACCGUCGCGCUGAGCAGGAAUGUGCAGGUUUCCGAGAGCAGCUUGAAGGUCCAGCCGUUCUCCGCGAGGCAGCUGUCUUCUCUCCACGGUUCGUCGGUGUCUUCUUUCGCAGCCGGAAGCGCAAGCCAGGUCGGAGUUGCUCGUUCUGGAAAGGUGUUCGCCCUGUUCAAGAGCGCCAAGAAGGAAGCACCAAAGAAGCAGGACAAGAAGCCUGUGAAGUCAUCGACUGAGGAUGGUAUCUUCGGAACCUCAGGAGGAAUCGGUUUCACCAAGGCUAACGAGCUUUUCGUUGGACGUGUAGCUAUGCUUGGUUUCUCUGCCUCCAUCCUUGGAGAGGCUCUUACCGGAAAGGGUACCCUUGCCCAGUUCGACGUUGAGACCGGUAUUCCCUUGAACGAGACCGAGCCACUGUUGCUGUUCUUCAUUCUGUUCACUUUGUUGGGAGCAAUUGGAGCUCUCGGCGACCGAGGAAAGUUCGUUGACGACGACGUCGACGAAGCUAACACUGGAGGAGUGAUCCCCCCCGGAAAGGGAUUCAAGGCUGCUUUGGGACUGAAUCAGAAGGGACCCACCUUCGGUUUCACCAAGGCAAACGAACUCUUCGUCGGACGUCUUGCACAGCUUGGAAUUGCCUUCUCUAUCAUUGGUGAGAUCAUCACAGGAAAGGGUACUUUGGCACAAUUGAACAUCGAGACUGGUCUGCCGAUCACUGAGCUCGAGCCCCUGAUCCUGUUCAACGUUAUCUUCUUUUUCCUUGCUGCUAUCAACCCUGGUACCGGGAAGUUCAUCAACGACGAUGACAUCGAAGAGUAAAGUGGAAAUGGAUUUUGCGUAACCUCACUUUUUCCCUCUAGGACUUGACUUGGUUUUAGAAAUUUGUUGAUAAUUUCAUUGCGGAGCUGCAAAUACGAAUUAUUUAGCUGAAAUCACCGUCAUUCAGAUUUUGAAGAUUCCCUAGCCUCACGCUGUGUGGAAUGUAGCUGUAGCAGAGUGCAUGGAAACUCAAAAUUUACGUUGAGAUUACAAUUAUCAAAUCUCCAUGGUAGAGUACGUUGUCGGUGUCCCGAUGUCUGUCGAUCUCGAAGUACGCAAAGCGGGAGAUCAUUUGUAACAUAUGUAUGACAGUAAACUUGCAAUUUUCCAC